GCUUUUGUCUAUGGAUCGGUUGAUUGUUGGUUGAUUGUAACCUCGCAAACCGACAUGAUUAUUAUAUGUGUUGUUUUUAGUGGAAAGUAUACAAUGCAUUUAUUUUAAAUUAACAUCAUGCAUAAUCACGACGUGGAUAUCGAUGACGAACAGUUUAGAACAACACCUUUACAACAAGCAGCAGCUUCUUGUACUGGAGCUCUAUUAACCUCUCUUUUCGUUACACCACUAGACGUGGUUAAAAUUCGUCUUCAAGCUCAGCAGACAAAUUCAUCAAAAUGCUUUUUAUAUUGCAAUGGAUUGAUGGACCACAUUUGUGGUUGUCAAUUGUCUAAUGGCGAAAAAGAGUGGUUUACCCGACCAGGACAUUUUAACGGGACUAUUGAUGCUUUUGUAAAAAUUGCUAGAAACGAAGGUGUUGCAUCUUUAUGGUCAGGUUUAAGUCCCACAUUGGUUUUAGCAGUACCUGCUACUGUAGUAUAUUUUGUGACAUAUGAACAACUUAGAUUAUUCCUUAAAGAUUAUUACAACGAAAAAAGAACACCAGGGGAUCCAUAUAAACAGCCUAUAUGGAUCCCUUUAAUAUCAGGUGCAAGCGCUAGAGUUUUAGCUGCCACAACAGUAAGUCCUUUAGAAUUAAUAAGGACAAAAAUGCAGUCCAGAAAACUGAGCUACUUUGAAUUGGGUGAAACAUUAAGAUUGUUGAUUAAGCAAGACGGUAUUACAGGCUUGUGGAGAGGAAUACUUCCAACUCUAUUAAGGGACGUGCCAUUUUCGGCUUUAUAUUGGACACAAUAUGAAACAUUGAAGAAGUUCUAUGGACCUGGUGUACCUUCUUUCAGUUUUAGCUUUAUGGCUGGAGCAUUAGCUGGGGCGGUCGCCUCCGUUAUUACCUUACCAUUUGAUGUUGUAAAAACACAUCAACAGAUUGCAAUAGGAGGUCAGUUGUAUGGGGGAGAAGCAAAAAAGGAAACAACAAUAGAAAUAAUAAGAAAAAUUUACUCACAGCAUGGUGUUAAGGGUCUCUUUGUAGGUAUAACACCAAGAGUAGUUAAAGUUGCUCCAGCAUGUGCAAUUAUGAUAGCAACAUUCGAACAUGCAAAAGUGCUGUUGAGCAGGUGGGGUCGCCCUGAACAUCUAGAAAAUAAUAGUUCUGAUUUUAGUAAAAAUGAUGAAAUAAUUAGUAAGAGUAGUGAAAUAGUUAGGUCUAAAAAUUUUAGAAAUAAAAAUGAAUAUAAUGUUAGCUCUAAACGUGAAAUGUUAUGAGUUAUGAUGCUAUUGAAAGCCCUAAUGAAAGUGAUCAAUUGUCAUAAUAAAAAAUUUUUAUUUGCGAGAUUUAUACCUA